AUGCCUGUUGGAACUGUUCUCGUUACCGGUGGUACCGGCUAUAUCGGCUCUUUCACCACUCUCGCCCUUCUUGAGCACGGUUACGAUGUCGUUAUCGUCGACUCCCUCUACAACUCCUCAGAGGUUGUCCUAGACCGCAUCGAGCUGAUCUGCGGUCGCCGACCUACCUUCUACAAGGUCGAUGUCACAGAUGAGAAGUCCAUCGACGAUGUCUUUGCCAAGCACCCUGCCAUUGACAGCGCUGUCGGCGAGUCUGGCGAGAUCCCUCUCGAGUACUACCGUGUCAAUGUCGGUGGCAGUAUCUCUCUGCUCCGCUCCAUGGAGCGCAAUAACGUCAACAAUAUCGUCUUCUCCUCCUCCGCUACUGUCUACGGCGAUGCCACUCGUUUCCCCAACAUGAUUCCUAUCCCUGAGCACUGCCCCAUUGGACCUACCAACACAUACGGCCGCACCAAGUCCAUGAUCGAGGACGUUAUCACCGACUUUAUUAACGCCCAGCGAAGCAACUUGGAGAAGGCCGGCAAGGAGUUCAAGCAAUGGAACGGUGCUCUGCUGCGAUACUUCAACCCUUGCGGUGCUCACCCCACUGGUAUCAUGGGUGAGGACCCCGCUGGUGUUCCUUACAACCUGCUUCCCCUCCUCGGAAAGGUUGCUACUGGUGAACGUGAGAAGCUCUUGGUAUUCGGCGAUGACUACUCCUCUCGCGACGGUACUGCCAUUCGAGACUACAUUCACGUUGUUGACCUUGCCCGCGGCCAUCUUGUCGCUCUUAACUACCUGCGCGAGAACCAGCCCGGUGUCAAGGCAUGGAACCUGGGUUCCGGCCGUGGAAGCACUGUCUUUGAGAUCAUCAAGGCCUUCAGCAAGGUCGUCGGCCGCGAUCUCCCCUACGAGGUCAAGCCUCGACGACAAGGAGACGUUCUCGACCUCACUGCCAACCCCACCCUCGCCAACAAGGAGCUCAACUGGAAGACCGAGCUCACCAUGGAGAAGGCAUGCGAUGACCUCUGGAAAUGGGUCAGCAACAACCCCAAGGGUUAUCGACAAGAUCCUCCCGCCGAGAUGGUUGAGGCUGUCAAGUCUUCCAAGGCUUAA